GCUGUCUGUCACGCACGUCAAAAGAUUGGGGACCGUCGUUCCGUCGUUUGAUCGUCGUCGUCUCUCGCUUUUUCUUUUAUCCCAAACCUAUUUGUGACCAAAACAAAUAAAACAACCACAGGCGACCUCCCCGUAUCAGAUUGCCCUACGGAAAUAAAUCGUCAGCUGCGAUGCGCUAUAGCUAUAGAUCAUGUCAUGUUGAAUUGAUCAAAUAAAAUUAUAAUGAAACAAUGAGUUCGGUCAAGCGAGUUCUCCGCCCACUGGGGCUCAUUACACGAUUGAGCUAUGAGUGGUGAAGAGUGUGUCCUGGUGAGGUAGUGGAGUGAUAGUGAUCGGAGGCAUGGCGGACGGGGAGCGGGCCUCGCGGCCCAACUCGCUGCUGCUGGAGACCCCUCCGCCGGAGCGGGAGGCGCUCCGCUUCGACGUGCAGCUGGUCGGCGCUCCACCCGAGGUGGAGCAGCUUGUCAACAACAUCAAGCAAGUGGCUGAAGACUUCUUGUACCAUUGGAAAACCUUUCCUAUUGUCCUCCCGUCAUCUCGCUUCACGGGCCCCGGCAACCGGCCCUCCGACAUCAUUGUGGCGCCGCCCUGCGACGAGCUCGACGCCGCGGCCCUCGACGCGGGCCUGGAGCCCCAUCCGCUCUCGCCGAAGCAGCUGCACCAGAUUAGGGAGAAAGGCGAGUUCGAAGUCCCCUCCCGCCACUUCCCCGGGCAGACGCACGUCUGGCGCGUCUCCGGUUGGCUGCAGCGCGGCCGCGCGCGAGCACGCGAAGAGCUGUACGGGCACGUGGCGCGCGCGUGCUCCCUGGUCGUCGUGGUGGCGCGGGACCGGCUGUUAAAGAAUGAGCCGCUCUCCGUGCUGGCGGGGGCCGACAGUCUGCUGGCUGGGCUUCAUCGACUGAUGGAUCUCAUAAUCGGAAUGCCGUCGCUAGAAGCCAAAGACCUAGAGAAGAAGAUCCGCGAAGAACGUUCCAGAUACUUAGUGGCCGAGCUCAUUUGUAUGCCUGAACACCAGGAAGACAUAGCAGCCCUAGCGGCGUGGGUGACCCGAGCUAUGCGUAGGGCUGCCUCUGAGAAAACCGAUGCGCGCGAGCCUCCGAGAAUUGCACCGCGCGUUCCUUGUGUGUACACAACGCCGCAGCGCACAGAGGUGGACUUGCGAUUAUACCGGCGAGAAAUAACCCGUCGCGCGGCGGCGCCGCUCCAAGCCAUUCUCGAGCGUGAGGCCAGGGGCUGGUUCUUACACUUUCGAGAGCGCAGGGCCGCUCACCUCGCCAGCCAGAAAGUACCUCCGAGGGACAUCGAACAGGAGGUGCGAGCCGCGUCAAUGCGCGAAUACGUGAACCGAGUGUGCAACGCUGUGCUAUCCAGCGAACAGCUGCGCGCCCUAGGCCCCGGCAUACCGGAGCUCUUACACGACCAACUUAAAGCUCACGACGUUAUCAAUAGAGCGGAAGAAGGCGUCCGUAACAAAAUCGAAGCUAGCCUAGCAACCGCCGAAGCGCGCCUCCGCGCGUCUCACCCCAUCCUUUCCCGCGCCGACUCAUGGCGCAAGGAACGGCUCAACGCCGCCGCCGAGCGCAUCGGCGCGGAGCUGCGCUGGGCGGCGCUGGAGGACGCCGCCGCCGCCAUGUCGGCGCACCAGCUGCAGCAGCACCGGUACUUCCUGCUGCGCGAGCUGGCCUUCUUGAGGGAACGGGAGCCGCUGCUCGCGAAGGAACUACGCGCCGCCAAAACACCAACCCGCGAAUUCACCUGGGAGACCCGCAUCUGGCUACCGCAGAACUGGGUAGUCGUCCGCCACUUCAGAGGCCGCUCGGAGCGGAUACCGACCGUGCUCAGCACUCGGGCGACCUCUAUAGUGACCCCGCGCUCCGACCCUAGCCAGCCUGUGUUCUUAGUGGACAAGGAGACAGUUCGACGGACCAGCACUCGCUGGCCAGGUUGGAGACUCGUCAAUUUAGCUCACAGGUGUUGGAGUUGGAGUUGGAACAUGAUGUUCCUCCUCGGGGUGGUGGUGGCCUGGAGUUCCCCGAUAUCGCUGCGGACGCUCAUACGAGUCAAGCCGCUCGCGCCAGACCUUGAACUGUCACAGGUGAACGGCACGCUCUUCCCGAAAAGAAGUAGCGAGACGCAGACGAUGUGGUCUCGCCUCCUCAAACUCUGGCGACAUGUCUCGAAAGAGAGGACGCGCUUUGAAACUGAGCCAGAUACAGGUCUCCUCGGCAAGGGUCUAAGCCGGCAAGCCAACCGCCUGUGGAACUACGGGGUCGUAGGCGGACUGGGUUCCUUGUGUCUGCUGCUGCUGUUCCCGCUAGCGGCGCUGCUGGGCAGCCUGCUGGCACUGGCGGCGGCCGCCACGGUGCCGCUUUGGAUGCCGCCGCUGACGGCGGGCGUUUACACGGGCAACGCGCUGAUGUAUGACUUGGACUGUCCUGAUCCUCCGCGGCUCAAUAGAAUAAUGGUGUUAUUCGAAGUAUUAAUCUGGCGUAUCGCAAUACUGGGAAUCCUGCAGCCCAUAGCCGCCAUUGUGGUUGCCGUUGUUUUAUGUCCGGUCAGCGCUUUCUUACUUCUAGUUGGCGGUGUGAGUUGGUGGGCAGUCCGCGCGCUAUGGGAGAUGGUGGCGUGGCGAGUACUCAUCAGCCGGGCAGCCCGCGUGCCCGCGCACGACUCGGCCUUCUGCCGCCGCGUCGACGGGCCCGGCCUCCGGACCCGCACGCACUAUCAGAUCACAUGUGCGCAAGCCGUAGCCGCAGUGGCGGCGCGCGGAGAAGCGCAAGUGCUAGGCGAGUGGGCGACCGCGGCCGAGCGCGCCGUGGAGCGCCCUCUGCGGGACUACGAGCACUUUGUUACCGCCUGCUUCGGCCCGUUCUCUGUGCAAAUUGCUAAGAACGCAGGGGGAGUGUACGCGCAACUAGAAAAAGAGUGCAGCGAGCUGAUAACGUCGCUUCGGGAGAAAGUUGAGGCGAGACGGCGCGAGCUGGCACUCGGGCUCAGCGACGCCGCGCGGGUACGGGUGCGGAUGAGCGCCAAUGAUCUCAGGAGAGCAAUACAGGCAGCGGCACUGGAGCUGGCGCGGCUGUGGGGCUCCAGUGCGCGCGGGGAGGAGUGGUGGGGCGCGCGCGGGCUCGGCGUCGGCGACUGGCACGCGCUCGCGGCCAACACGCUCGGCGAGGUGUUCGACCCAGAAAUCCUAGUAGCCCUAGAGGAGAGUGAAGCCCGGCUGCCACUGGAGAGCGGGCCGGGUGCUCGGGCGUGGGCGGCGCGCUGCGGCCGCGACGAGGCGCCGCCCGACGUGCUGGCCGAGCGGGACGACUGGCGCCGCGCGCACGGCAUGUGGGGAGAGUGGGGCGGAACGCCCGCGCCGCGAGUGCCGCCGCCGACGCUGGAGCUGAGCGCCUUCAGCCCUCGCGUGCCCUCCAUGCCGCCCGUGCCGCCACCACCCGUAGUGGCACUCGUGUUGCACAACAGGGAAUCAGAUAACCCCGUCCCACUGGACUCGGAGCUGUGCGCCGAAAUCCUGAGGAGUCUAGAGGACGCGCCCGACUGUGAUGAUAGAAGAGACGGUGUCGAGCGAUAUAGAGGCGGAGGCAGCGACGAGGGCGGCAGCGACGGCGCGAGCGAAGGGACGCUCGACGACGACGCUAGUUCAAACCACACGAGAGACACCGACGGAGCGCUCUGCAGAGUGAUGCCGAGCGCGGAGCGCGCCGCGUGCCGCUGGACGCUGACCGGCCGCGGCGUGCGCCUCCGCGCCGACCUCGCCAGCCCCGAGGACGUCACGCUCGACACCGACCGAUCUCAUGUUGGCACUUCGGUUUGAACCUAAUUACCACCACAGAAAGUUCACAAUCGAAGGUAACGCGACGGGCGUUUACGACGCUUUAGCUUUAGAUAUCCGGGCUCUCUACGCCGGCAUUUCAAUCUGAACCUUACGACGACUACAUAAGUACGCAUUUGAUUGUAAGGCGACCGGCGCAUAUGCCUUUAAAGUCACUGUACCUUAUUAUAACCACCGAGUUAUAUUCGAUAGUAAGAGCGACGGCUUGACCACGGAUGAUUGACGUUAUUAAGAGCCUAAGAACGUUUGAAAUUAAAGCUUAUGAUAAAUACCGAAGAUAGAAAGUCGAUUGUAGGGCGAUAGGCUCUUAAGACGCUUUAAAAAUAACGACAAAGUAGCUUCUUUUUGUACUGUACCAUAUUGAUCGAAGAUUCUAAUAUAGAUAGGUUGAAGUUAAAAUGAGCAGCUUAAGUAGAAUGAACACUAAUAUAACGCAAUAACGUUUAUCUUCUCAACUCUUUUUUUUUUCUUAUGAGAGUGAGAUUAUCUUAUUGUAUACAGAACUGGCAGCUUUUACAUUCUUAGAGGAUAUAACCAAUGGAAACGCCAUGUCUAUAAUUUUCGGUACAAAAUAAUCUGCCGUUUUUUUGCGGGGGAGGGGCACAUCAAAUGUAUACGUAUCGUAAACAUAGCCAUGUCAGAUAACCGUCAGGCCAUACAUGUGGUUGACAUGUCGUUGACCAUUGGCCGCCUAUUUUCGACAGAGUGGAACGCCUGUUAAUGACCACUCCGUUUCGUUAUGUUCUCUAAGUUUACAUUAGAAAAACAUAAUUGAUUACGUAAACAUUUAAGUCAAUGGUCCGACCUUUUUAGUCAGUUUACUUUUAAGCAAUAGUGAUAAAAGUGUGCCCUAAGCUUAAAAUGGCAUGUUAUCGUAAUGUAAACGCUAGAAUUGAUGCAGUUAGACUUAAAAUUGUUUGGAAUUGGUAAAGUCAAUUGGCAGCUGGUGAUUGGUAAUAAAUGUGUGUGUGCAUAUUUUGGUUGUAGCUAUAUAGCUACUUACUAAGUUGGCAGAAAUACGUUACUGUAAUGAUUUGGGGUAAACGAAAGAUAGUGAAUGAGUGUCAUUGGGUGUGACAUAAAAGGGAAGAAAAAAACAAAUGUGUGUUUGUAUUUCAUAAAAACACAUACCUACUUUUAAGCAGUA